CCCAAAGUCUAUUUAUAUUUGUAAAGUUUUCAAGUGCACUCAUUCGAACUAAAGUAAACGAACUCGACCCACAGCUUAGUUAAUUAAUCAAAAAUCCACCUAAAAUGGGAAAUUCCAGCUCCAUUUGCGCCGAUCGUAAUGCCAUAAGGAAUUUCGAUGAAAAUGGCACGCCGAUUUACCCCACGGCCGCCAAUUCCCAGAGUCCUUCCAAUGGCCAAAUAUCGCCGUUCCUCCAGCCCCACCGCCCCCACAGCCACCACCCAGAAAAAGAGAACCUAAGAGAGCGGGAGAAUGGCUACCCCACUUCCGGUAGCUCUCAGAGCAGCUGCUCACAUUGUCGAACAGCUGAUCCGCUCUCCCGUACCACAACCACCAACAACAAUAAUAACACUCAUGCGCACGCACACACCGAGAAGGCGGGCUGCGAGUGUAGUAGUCGUGUGUGUAAAAAUCAUACGACUACAACCACAACUACACUCGAAUACGAACUUUCCAAUUUCGCAAAACUCACAACACGAAUCACAACGCAAAGCAACGCCGAGGCGGUAGCAGCAACAGCGGACCCGCAACAGCAGCAGCAGCAGUUGGAAAAUAGCGAAAUUACUGGCCACUUGCCACAAGGACUUCCGUUAUCCUCGCGCCAUCACUGGAAUCAGCUGCAGCGCAGCUUGCACGCCCUACACACCCAACAACAGGCAAUCAACAGCAAAAUCUGCUUGCAACAGCAACGUUCUUACACCACCAACAACAACAACGACACUACACAGUGCGAAAACAUGAGCAAGCCAGUGAACUUGGAGAAAUACGCUCCCCGCGAUCGUCUGGGGCUUUGGGGCACUGGUGAUAAUGAGGUAGUGGGCAGCAUCUCUGGACUUGAUCGUCUCUAUGGAAAGCGUUACGCCAAGGGUCUGGCCUUUACCCACGAGGAGCGCCAGCAAUUGGGCAUCCACGGACUGCUGCCGUACGCUGUGCGUGAUACUGCGGAACAGGUUGCCCACGCCCGCCAGCUGCUGGAUCGACUGGAGAAUGAUUUGGACAAGUACAUGUACCUGAACAACCUGGCCGAGCGCAACGAGCGCCUCUUCUACAAUGUCCUCAGCUCGGACAUUAGCUACACGAUGCCACUGGUGUACACGCCCACUGUGGGUCUGGCCUGCCAGAAGUUCAGCCUGAUCUUCCAGUCUCCCAAGGGCAUGUUCAUCUCCAUCAAGGAUAAGGGUCAUGUCUACGAUGUGCUUAAGAACUGGCCGGAGCAAGAUAUCCGGGCAAUUGUGGUUACAGACGGAGAGCGCAUCCUGGGCCUUGGUGACUUGGGAGCCAACGGCAUGGGUAUCCCCGUGGGCAAGCUCUCCCUGUACACCGCUCUGGCCGGUAUCAAGCCCUCCCAGUGCUUGCCCAUCACCCUAGACGUGGGCACCAACACCGAAUCUCUGCUGGAGGAUCCUCUGUACAUUGGUCUGAAGGAGCGCCGCACCACUGGCACCAUUUACGAUGAGUUCAUCGACGAAUUCAUGCACGCCUGUGUCCGCCGAUUCGGUCAGAACGUUCUGAUCCAGUUCGAGGACUUUGCGAACGCCAACGCCUUCAGACUGCUCUCCAAGUACCGCAACUCGUUCUGCACCUUCAACGACGACAUCCAGGGCACCGCUUCAGUGGCCGUCGCUGGUCUGCUGGCUUCCCUGAAAAUCAAGAAGACCAAGCUGAGCGACAACGUUCUACUCUUCCUGGGAGCUGGCGAGGCGGCUCUGGGUAUCGCCAACCUCUGCCUGAUGGCCAUGAAGACCGAAGGUCUGACCGAUGAGGAAGCCAAGUCCCGCAUCUGGAUGGUGGAUAGCCGUGGAGUGAUCAUCCGUGAUCGUCCAAAGGGUGGUCUCAACGAACACAAGCUGCACUUCGCCCAGGUGCACGAUCCCAUUGAUUCCCUCAGCGAGGCUGUUCGUAAAAUCCGCCCCAAUGUCCUGAUAGGAGCUGCUGCCCAGGGUGGAGCUUUUACCCAGGAGAUCCUCGAGAUGAUGGCUGAGAUCAACGAGACGCCCAUUAUCUUUGCUUUGUCGAAUCCCACCAGCAAGGCGGAGUGCACCGCCGAGGAAGCCUACACCCACACCCAGGGUCGUUGCAUCUUCGCUUCUGGAUCCCCGUUCGCCCCGGUCACUUACAACAAUCGGAAAUACUAUCCUGGCCAGGGAAACAACUCUUACAUUUUCCCCGGAGUGGCACUCGGCGUUCUGUGCGCCGGCAUGCUGACCAUUCCCGAGGAGGUAUUCUUGGCCUCGGCGGAACGUUUGGCGGAGCUGGUCUCCAAGGACGACUUGGCCAAGGGCAGCCUGUACCCACCACUAAACAGCAUUGUCAACUGCUCGAUAGCCAUCGCCGAGAAGGUUGUGGAGUACGCCUAUAAGAACGGACUGGCCACUGUCCAGCCCGAGCCGGCCAAUAAGGUGGCCUUUAUCAAGGCCCAGAUGUACGAUCUGGAUUACCCGCGCUCUCUGCCCGCCGUCUACAAGCUGUAGGAUGCAGGACGAGAGUCCAUUAUUCCAUCACAGAUAUUCGGCGAGGGCAGCGAGCAGUAACCAUGUUAUUUAUUUUAUAAUGUCGCACAUCUGUCGCCUAACAAAUAGCUAAAUUGUAACGCGCCUAUUUUACCCCACUUACCCCUAACCACUACACACUAUCCACACCAUUCUAGCCCCUGUUCGCAGCCCAAAUGAUCAUGUUUAGGAACCAAAAAGAGUGUCACCGAAAUUGCAGCGAAAUAUUUUUUAUGAUGUUGACUCUAUGUAAAUGGGAUAUUGAUCUAUAGAUGUGUAAACAAAUUUCUAUGUAAUCUUCAACCACACAAACUACUCUAAGUAUCUACAAAUAAAAAUAAAUAAAUAUAUUCAA